CAUUAACUUCAUUAUACAAAAAAAAGCCAUAGCCUCACCUCAUUCUCUCUCUCUCUCUCCCAUUUUCACAGCCAUUUGUUAGAUUCCUCUAUUCUCUCUGUGCUUUUCUAUGGGAUUGUGUAUUAGAGACUGAUUAAGCUCAAAGGAACCCAAAAGAUAAUUCUUUCAUUAUCUUCCUUGUGUUUCAAUUUUCUAAAGUUUUCUGGGCUAUUUUAGUUUUUCCUCCAACGAAUUUUCUACGAAGAAGACUUUUCAGUUUCUGGGCUUUAUUUUCCGCAGUGAAGCUUCUCAAUACCCAUAGAAGCGCUAUACUGAAGAAACAAUAUUUACUAUAUUAAUAAGAAUUGUCCAGUCUUAUAUACUUGGUGAUAUUAUAAAUUUUUGUAAAAAAGAGAAAGAAGAGAUGGGGAAGCAAGGGCCUUGCUAUCACUGUGGAGUUACAAGCACACCUCUAUGGCGAAACGGGCCACCAGAGAAGCCGGUACUGUGCAAUGCUUGUGGCUCCAGAUGGAGAACGAAAGGAUCACUAGUAAACUACACGCCCCUUCAUGCUCGUGCUGAAGGUGAUGAGGUUGAGAUUGAAGAUCGUAGAGGUCAGAAUAAGAUGAUGAUGAUUAAUGGAAUGUCUAUGAACAAAAGGAUUCCAAAGAAGAAACCACAUCAAGAAAAUUUCACGGUUAAGGAGUUCAGUAACGGUUUCAAGAAAAGGGCAUUAGAAGAAGAAGCUAGCAACAAUAGGUCGAGUUCAGGGUCUGUUGUAUCGAACUCAGAGAGCUGUGAUCAAUCUAAUGCGUGGGAGGCUUGUAAGAAGAGGACGUGUGUGGGGCCGCGUCCAAAGGCGGCUUCUUCUGUUGAGAAGCUCACAAAGGAUCUCUUUAGUAUUCUACAGGAACAGCAGUCUUCUUGUCUCUCUGGUACAUCAGAGGAAGAGUUGCUUUUUGAGAACGAGUCACCGAUGGUGAUAGGGCAUGGGAGUGUUCUUAUGAGAGAUCUUCACUCUGGUGGUGGAGAUGAGGAAUCUGAAGCUAGUUCACUCUUGGUUGAGAGAAGCAAGUGCUCAUCAAUACAUUCUCAAAACUUUGGUGGGAAAGCUAUAAAGCAGGAGCAACUCAAGAGGACCAAAUCUCAAGUCUUGGGAAGACAUAGUUUACCACUCUGUAACAUAGAUUUGAAGGAUGUUUUCAACUUUGAUGAGUUCAUAGAAAAAUUCACAAAGGAAGAGCAGCAGAAACUGAUGAAACUACUUCCUGAAGUUGACUCUGUUGAUCUUCCUCAUAGCCUCAUGAGCAUGUUUGAGAGUUCUCAGUUCAAAGAAAACUUCUCCUUGUUUCAGCAACUAGUUGCAGAUGGUGUCUUUGGUACAUCAUCUUCUUCCUCUGGAUCAAAACUUGAAGACUCUAAGACACUUGCAAAGCUUGCUUUAUCAGAUCCUAAAAAAUCUCAUUUGUUGGAAAGCUAUCAGAUGCUCAAGAGAAAAGAGAUUGAAGAGUCUGUUACUACAACAUCAAGGGUCUCAAACCCGAAUACAUCAGAUGAUAAUAGUUUAGUAUCCAUUGAAAGACCUUGUGAAAGCCUAAACCAAAACUUCUCAGAGACAAGGGUUGUGAUGAAGAGCUCCAAAGAAGUGCUGAAGGUUAGAUCAAAACACAUGGAAACGAAAGAGAUUGUAGAGAACAGUGUCUCUUCCUUUAGCCAUAUGAGCUACGGCGGAUCUGUGGCGUUUAGCUAUGAAGAUAAUGAUACUUCUGAUCAGGAUCUUCUUGUUGAUGUGCCGUCGAAUGGAUCAUACCCUCAAGCAGAGCUUCUUCAUAUGAUAUGAAUGAAUGUUUGUCAAUCUCAACUGGUGUUCUCAGAACAAAGACCUUCUAAAAAUCUCUCUCCCUUUAUCUCUACUGAUCUGAAGAGAAAACACUUUCGGCUUUGUCUGAGAAAAAUGUGGCCAAAUGAGAUUUUUCUGCAUUAGAAAGUGCAAUCAACUGGUAGAUAUAUAAUAUAAUAAAAAGGAAGGAUUUUUAUGUAAGGGCACUUUUUGGCGGUCAUAUAUUGUCUUCUUGUUGCUCUUACUACUAAACUUGGAGAAGAAGCAA